UUUGGCGGAGAAACCAGCCACGGUAACACUGCAGUUGACCCCUGUUUCGUGCAGUACGGUCCCACUGGCCGACAACAAAAUAAAAAAAUCCAAUUUGCGAAACGAUUUUUAUUUCGAAUAUCCCGACUAUGACGACACCUAGCUAAAAUCAAGUGGUAUUAUAAUUAGUUAAACGCAUCGGCGACGCAAAGCGAAACGAACGAACGAGCUUGGGGGAGCGGAGAACGGACAAGAGCCCUGGAGAGGUGGAGUGGAGGAGGAAGAGCUAUGACGAUGACCGCCUCGGACAAGUACACGUACCAGCGGACGGUGCUCUGUUUGGCCCGCGUUCUGGCCGGGAUCCAGCCGACGCCAUGGGAGAAGGUGCAGACCCUAUUCCGCUACUGCCCGCAGGAGAAUGCGGCCGGAGUGUUCUGCCUGGACACUAGGGCCCAGGAUGCAGUGAUAGCCCUGGGCAUUUACUUCCUCGAGGGCGGCUGCCAGCACGAGGGACAGAUCGUGCCCUAUCUGCUCCGCCUGGCCAAGUGUCUGCCCAAGGCGGUCUGGAUCGACGAUGCCCGGAGCAGCAAGAUCGAACGAGUUCGCAUUCCCUCGGCGGAGAAGUUCAGCUUCUGCCUGAACACACUGCUCUCGGACAUUGCAGCCAAAUGCCCGGAAUCCCGCGAGGAGAUCAUCCUGAACCAGGUGGAGACCCUGGGUGCUCUGGCCAAUAUUGUGAAGUCCAGUCGGGACAGCAGCUCGGCCCCACCGCCGAUCAUCCUGUGCAAGGCGACAGUGCCGCUGCUCUUCGGCUUGGCCCGAUCCAUGGGCCGGUAUGCCGGCAACGAUCCGCCGCUGCUGUGUCGCAUCUUUCCACCGGAACUGCUGCCCAUACAGCGCGGCAACAGCAGAGAUGGCUCUGGCUCGAGCAGUAGUGCCAGCGGCACCUGCGGCGGAUCCUUCAGCAGCAGCGAGAGACUGGCCACGCACCAGUUCCGACCGAUCAUACCGCGAUCCAUGUCCGGCAGCCUGGCCCAGGCCCAGAAUAUCGACGAUCCACGCUUGCGGUAUCCCAGCAAGCACAAGCCCUCGCUGCACAGCUACUUCUCCGUGCCGUACGAUCCCCGGACCCACUUCUUCACCCGCUACGGCUCCAGCUUCAACCAGUUCCCGAACAUGCGGGUCUGCGAGUCGCCGACGAAGGGCGGCCCACGUCCCCUGUACCGAGUGCCGCCGUUUCCCAUCCAGCACCUGCAGACAAUAUUUGCCGUAUCGAAGAAGCUCCUCACCAAGGACACGCUGGAGCACCUGGACGAGCAGGCCAGCGACAUAUUCUCGCUGCACCAGAUCAAGGGCUACUGCUACAAGAGUUUCUCGGAGACCCUGAACCUCGUGCUGGUCACCCUGCUGCGGGAGCUAUUGCAGCACCAGGUGGACCUGCCCACACCCUUCACCAAGGAUGUGCAGGAGUUCGUGAAGCGUCUGUUCCUCAACGGGCAGACGGAGCUGCAGAACAAGCAGCAGGAUCAGGAGCGCGAACGGCGGGAGGAGAACGGCAUCGCUGUGGUGAACAAGUACAAGGUCAACGUGAUGGCGAAUGCGGCCUGUGUGGACCUCCUCGUUUGGGCCAUACGGGAUGAGACGGUUGACGUCGACUAUAAUGUGCCAUCCCUGCAGAAUGGCUUGCAAUUUUUAUUGAAGAAAGAGGCCGACAAGCUGUGCGGACGACUGUCCCAGAAGCUCAACCUGGUCCUGAGCCACAAGAUCGUGAUGGACCACAUGCCGCUGCUGAUGGUCUGCCUGGAGGGAUUAGGCAAGCUGGCCCAGAAGUUCCCCAACAUUGCCGGCACCUCCAUCUCCUACCUGCGCGACUUCCUCGUGGAUCCUAGUCCCAUUCUUGGCAAGCUCCAUGCCCAUGCCAUGCAGACCCUCGCCCAGCAGAAGAAGGAGAAGGAGCUGACCCCCUUUAAGAUCGUCGUCCAGCACUCGGACUCGCGGGCCGUGGUGGACAUCUUCGGGGAGAACCAAAAGCUGCCGUCGACGGGCCGGAGUGGCCAGGCGGCCUUCGAGGCUCUUCGGGAUGCCGCCAUCGAGAAUCUAUCGAUCGCUUUGAGGGCCGCCCACACCCUGGAUCAGUUCUGUGUCCCAGCCCUGGUGGCCAAUGUCUCCAAUCGCCUGUUCACCGCCGAGAAGUCCGAGAGCGAAUCGAACCUGGUCAGCCUCAACAUCAUCGUGAUGCUGGGCCAUGUGGCUGUCGCUCUGAAGGACACCUCCAAGACCACCCAGAACAUCCUGCAGUUCUUCAUUCAGCGCUUCUGCAAAGUCCCCUCGGAGCAGAACGCCCUGAUCGUCGACCAGCUCGGCUGCAUGAUCAUCUCGCAGUGCGAGACCCAUGUCUUUGACGAGAUCAUGAAGAUGUUCUCGCGAGUGACCGUGCAGUCGGCCUCCCUGGCAUACACCUCGGAUCCGGAGCACCGAAAGCAAUUCCAUCAUGUCUCGGAUGCGGUGGUGAAUGCCCUCGGCAAUAUCGCUGCCAACAUUCAGGGGGAUUCGGAGAUGCUGGAAUUGCUGGGGAAGCUGCUGGAGCUGUUCGUGCAGAUCGGAUUGGAUGGCGAGCGCAGCUACGACAAUACUCCGGGCGCCCAGAAGGCCAGCUCCCGGGCUGGUAAUCUGGGCAUGCUAAUACCGGUGAUUGCGGUACUGGUGCGCCGCCUCCCACCGAUCAAGAAUCCCCGCCAGCGGCUGCACAAGCUCUUCAAGGACUUUUGGGCCUAUUGCGUGGUGAUGGGCUUCACAAAUGCCCGACUGUGGCCCGCGGACUGGUACCAGGGAGUCCAGCAGAUCGCGGCCAAGUCCCCGCUGCUAAUCUCCCAGACGGCCCACAAAUCGGACAUGCGGGAGCUCAACUAUACGCUGGCCAUUAAAAGUGACUCGGUGAACGAGCUGCGCAGCCAGAUCCUUGUGCUUCUGGAGCACUCCACGGACAACGUGGCCACCUCCAUCAACAAGCUGACAUUCGCCCAGUGCACCUACCUUCUCAGCGUCUACUGGCUGGAGAUGUUGCGGGUGGAGAACGCGGACGAGCCCAGUCUGGAGCCCAUUAUGAGCUAUCUGUGCGACACGGCGCUCCAAAGGGACAAGACCGGCAUCUGGCAGUGUGUCAAGUGUGUUGCCGACCAGGUCUUUGAGAAGUUCCGGAACGUUCUGUACGCCCAUGACGAGAUCCGGGAGAAGGUGCUGGAGUCGCAGGCCACGCUCCUGCUGGUCUACUUCAACCACAUCCACAAGCCCAUCCAGGUGGUGGCCGAUCAGUAUUUGUCCUUCCUGGUGGACCGGUUCCCGCAUCUGUUGUGGAAUCGCCGGGUGCUCUGGUGCAUGCUGGACAUCCUCCAGCUGCUGGCGUACUCCCUCAGCUUGGAUCCCAACGAGGAGACGCCCACCUUGCGGGUGGUGUCCACGCCGUACACCCUGCAGCUGAUGGACUCGCUGCCGGCGCGAGAGUUGCGCCUGAAGGACUUCGCCGACCGCUGCCAGGGCAUUGUGAACGAGGCGAUGAAGUGGGCGCCGCGCUCCACCCGGUCGCACCUGCAGGAGUACCCCAACCAGAUCCCCACCCCGGUGCUGGCGCAUCACAGCGGCCUGGCGCUGGCCUUCGAUUCGGUGGUCAGUAGUAGUGCCCUGCACCCGGGCACGCUGAGCAAGCGGCCCAGCUGCGUCAACUCGGACACUCCCCGAUUUGUGUCGGUGCUGUGCCUGCGGAGCAAGUACGCCGGCGAGAUCAGCGGCCUGCUGUCGGUGCUGAGCGAGAAGGACAAGGCGGGGCUGGCGGAGCGACUGGUGAGCGAUGUGUGGGAGGCCUGUGCCGAGAAGAGCGACGCCCGGCAUCGCGGUGCACUGUGGCGGGCCACCGCCUACCUCAUCAUCUGCUCGGAGAUCGACCGGAAACUGCUCCAUGCGGUGGCCAGCUCACAGCUGGAGCUCUUCACUGAAUCGGCAAUGGAAACGGCCGUGGAGUGCUGGCAGUGGGUGCUGACGGCGCGCCAGGAUCUGGAGCUGUGCUUCAUCCAGGAGAUGGUCAGCGCCUGGCAGACGACGUUCGAGAAGCGGAUGGGCCUGUUCGCCUGGGAGACGGAGGUCACCAAUCCCCUGGCCGCCUACGAGGGCUGCAAGCUGGUCAGCAAGCCGAUCCUGAUCACACCGCACCUCAUCUGGCUGCAGCUCCUCUCCGAGAUGGUGGACACGGCCAAGUACUGCAACCGGGACAAGGUGGAGAUGUUCUGCCUGCUCCUCCACCGCUGCCUGCCCAUCCUGAAGAGCAGCAAGCAGAACCGCCAGGUCUCCACCGUCGGCUGCCGCUUCAAGCUCCUCCAGUGCGGCCUGUCCCUGCUCCAGGGCAACACCAUACCCAAGUCCCUGGCCAGAAACAUCCUGCGCGAACGCAUCUACUCCAAUGCCCUGGAUUACUUCUGCGGCCCGCCAACCUGCCCCAACCAGAGCCGGGAGCAGCUGCUCGAGGACAUCCUUAUCCUGCUCAAGUUCUGGCAGACGAUGCGCAGCGAAAAGAAGCACCUGGUGACCUCCGAGGUGGGUGACUACGAUCUGACCAACGCCUCGGUGAGCUCCACCCAAAUGCUGGCCGUGAAGACGAACCCGGAGACGGCCUCCCUCAUCAGCGGCGGAGGCAUCAUUACGGACUACACCCGCUCCAUGAGCGCCAGCGGCAACGUGGUGGGCGUGGGCAUGGCUGGCGGCGGGAGCAGCAGCGGCUGGUACAACACCAUUCCACACUCCACAUCCACCCUCUCGAAGCGAUCGAAUCGCUCCAAGCGGCUGCAGUACCAGAAGGACUCCUACGACAAGGACUACAUGAAGAAGCGCAACCUGAUCCUGGAGCUGCUGGCCGUGGAGCUGGAGUUCCUCAUCACCUGGUAUAAUCCCAACUGUCUGCCAGAUCUGGUAGUGCCAGGCGAGGAGCAGAUCACGGAGUGGCGCAACCGGCCGUACAAGCCCAACGUGUGGCGGGAUUACGCCCGCCUGGCCUGGUGCUACAAUCCAUCGCUGGCCGUUUUCCUGCCGCAACGCAUCAAGAACGCCGAGAUCAUCGACGAGGAGGUGUCCCGUCUGGUCUGCUCCGAUCCCAUUGCCGUCUGCCACAUUCCCGAAGCGCUGAAGUACCUGUGCACCACCAAGAACCUGCUCCAGGAGAGCCCCGACCUGGUCUACAUCCUCUCCUGGUCGCCGGUGACGCCCAUCCAGGCCCUGGCCUACUUUUCGCGUCAGUAUCCAUCGCAUCCGCUAACAGCGCAGUAUGCGGUGAAGACCCUGUCCUCGUAUCCGGCGGAAUCAGUGCUGCCGUACAUCCCGCAACUGGUGCAGGCCCUGCGCCACGACACCAUGGGCUAUGUGGUGGAGUUCAUCAAGAAUAUAUCGCGUCGAUCGCAGAUCGUGGCCCACCAACUGAUCUGGAACAUGCAGACGAACAUGUACAUGGACGAGGACCAGCAGCAUCGCGAUCCCAACCUGUACGAGGCACUGGACCAGCUGUCCCAAAGUAUUAUCGCCUCCUUUUCGGGGGCGGCCAAGAGAUUCUACGAGCGGGAGUUCGACUUCUUUGGCAAGAUUACGGCGGUGUCUGGCGAGAUUCGAUCCUUCCCCAAGGGCAUUGAACGGAAGAACGCCUGCCUGGCGGCCCUGAGCCGGAUCAAGGUGCAGGGCGGCUGUUAUCUUCCCUCGAAUCCGGAGGCCAUGGUCCUGGACAUCGACUACAGCAGUGGCACGCCCAUGCAGAGCGCGGCCAAGGCGCCGUAUUUGGCACGUUUCCGGGUCUACAGAUGCGGCAUCAAUGAGCUAGAGACCAGGGCCAUGGAGGUUUCCAAUAAUCCGAACUCCCAGGAGGAUGCCAAGAUGACGCUGGGCGUGGAGUCGUGGCAGGCGGCCAUCUUCAAGGUGGGCGACGAUGUGCGCCAGGAUAUGCUGGCCCUCCAGGUCAUCACCAUUUUCAAAAACAUCUUCCAGCAAGUGGGACUGGAUCUGUUCCUGUUCCCCUACCGCGUGGUGGCCACCGCUCCCGGGUGCGGCGUCAUCGAGUGUGUGCCAAAUGCCAAGUCACGCGACCAGCUGGGACGGCAAACGGACAGCGGCCUGUCCGAGUAUUUCCAGCAUCAGUAUGGCGACGAGAGCUCCAAGGAAUUCCAGGCGGCCCGGGCGAACUUUGUCAAGUCGAUGGCCGCCUACUCGCUGAUAGGAUAUCUCCUCCAGAUCAAGGAUCGUCACAACGGCAACAUCAUGAUCGACAAGGACGGCCACAUCAUACACAUAGAUUUCGGCUUCAUGUUCGAGUCGUCGCCGGGCGGCAAUAUCGGCUUCGAGCCAGAUAUGAAGCUCACCGACGAAAUGGUGAUGAUCAUGGGCGGCAAAAUGGACUCGCCGGCCUUCAAAUGGUUCUGCGAACUGUGCGUCCAGGCCUUCCUGGCUGUGCGACCCUACCAGGAUGCUAUUGUCUCACUGGUGUCCUUGAUGCUGGACACAGGACUGCCCUGUUUCCGGGGGCAGACGAUUAAUUUGCUGAAGCAGCGAUUUGUGGCAACCAAAAACAAUAAGGAAGCGGCCGCCCACAUGCUGGCUGUUAUCCGGAACUCGUAUCAGAACUUCCGCACUCGUACCUACGAUAUGAUCCAGUACUACCAGAAUCAGAUACCCUACUAAACUUCCUA